AUGGCAUACAUCAUUUGGUUCAAUCUUCUGCUAUGUAUCGCUUCAGUUCAAAAUAUUCCAGAUGUGAAAAAGUAUGGGUGUCCACACGCCGACUGUAAUGCGACCAUGCAGGACAAAGACGAAUACGACAAACAUUUCCAAACGCACGAUGAACCAUUUCGUUAUCAGUGCAAACCUCCCGGUUGUGGGAAGGAAUUCCACAAAUCAUAUUCAUUUUCCAGGCAGAAGAAAUCCUGUCAACACAAACCUCGAGUCGGGCAAAAGCAUAAAUGUCAUUAUUGUACUGCGACUAUACAGAUGGGAAAGGAAUAUUCAAAACAUCUUCAAACGCACAAGGAACAAGGUUUAUAUAAGUGCACUUGGCCCACAUGUGGAAAGAAAUAUCGUACCGCAAUGGCACUUCGACAGCAUUACGAGAAACAUCAACCUAAACUUCUAUGUGAAAUCUGUGGCUCUUUCUUUUCUUAUAUGAGAGCACUACAAAAGCACAAGAAACGAUGCCACGGAGUUAGAGAUAUGGAGAUAUAUACGUGCCCACAUCUUGAUUGCAAUGCGACCAUGCAGGGCAAAGGCAAAUAUGAGAAACAUUUCCAAACGCACAAGAAACCAUUUCGCUAUCAAUGCAAACAUCUCGGUUGUGGGAAAGAAUACUACAUCAAAUCAUCAUUUUACAGCCACAAGAAAUCCUGUCAACACAAACCUCAGAACCCAAGAGAAGGAAAUCCACAGUUGGAACAUAUUUUGGCAGACACACGAAAUCAUCACACUGCUGGUCAAAGUUCAGCAAGUCAACAAGAUCACUCGAAUGAUGAGUAUCCCUCAGAAAAAUUUAACAUCUUGGACUAUCCCGAUGAUGACAUCUUCAACUAUCUUAACAUCCCCGACGAUGUUGUUGUUAAUAUCGAAGAUAUUAACAUCGACAACUCUAAUGGUAAUAUCUUCGAAUGUUAGCAUCGCCGACGAUGGCAACUUCCUCGACGACUUCAAAAUAUUUUGCCAUCAAUGAAAAUUGUCUGCUUGCAGUAUAUCAAAACUAUUU